AUUUACCCUGGAGAUGUUUACCCCAGAGUCUUUACCUGUGGAGGUGUUUACCUCAGACUCUUUACCUGGAGAUGUUUACCCCAGAGUCUUUACCUGGAGGUGUUUACCUCAGGAUAUUUACCUGGAGUGUUUACCCCAGAGUCUUUACCUGUGGAGGUGUUUACCUCAGACUCUUUACCUGGAGAUGUUUACCCCAGAGUCUUUACCUGUGGAGGUGUUUACCUCAGACUCUUUACCUGGAGAUGUUUACCCCAGAGUCUUUACUUGUGGAGGUGUUUACCUCAGACUCUUUACCUGGAGAUGUUUACCCCAGAGUCUUUACCUGUGGAGGUGUUUACCUCAGACUCUUUACCUGGAGAUGUUUACCCCAGAGUCUUUACCUGUGGAGGUGUUUACCUCAGACUCUUUACCUGGAGAUGUUUACCCCAGAGUCUUUACCUGUGGAGGUGUUUGCCUCAGACUCUUUACCUGGAGAUGUUUACCCCAGAGUCUUUACUUGUGGAGGUGUUUACCUCAGACUCUUUACCUGGAGAUGUUUACCCCAGAGUCUUUACUUGUGGAGGUGUUUACCUCAGACUCUUUACCUGGAGAUGUUUACCCCAGAGUCUUUACCUGUGGAGGUGUUUACCUCAGGAUAUUUACCUGGAGAUGUUUACCCCAGAGUCUUUACCUGUGGAGGUGUUUACCUCAGACUCUUUACCUGGAGAUGUUUACCCCAGAGUCUUUACCUGGAGGUGUUUACCUCAGGAUAUUUACCUGGAGGUGUUUACCCCAGAGUCUUUACCUGUGGAGGUGUUUACCUCAGACUCUUUACCUGGAGAUGUUUACCCCAGAGUCUUUACCUGUGGAGGUGUUUACCUCAGACUCUUUACCUGGAGAUGUUUACCCCAGAGUCUUUACUUGUGGAGGUGUUUACCUCAGACUCUUUACCUGGAGAUGUUUACCCCAGAGUCUUUACCUGGAGGUGUUUACCUCAGGAUAUUUACCUGGAGGUGUUUACCCCAGAGUCUUUACCUGGAGAUGUUUACCCCAGAGUCUUUACCUGUGGAGGUGUUUACCUCAGACUCUUUACCUGGAGAUGUUUACCUCAGAGUCUUUACCUGUGGAGGUGUUUACCUCAGGAUAUUUACCUUGGAGAUGUUUACCCCAGAGUCUUUACCUGUGGAGGUGUUUACCUCAGACUCUUUACCUGGAGAUGUUUACCCCAGAGUCUUUACCUGUGGAGGUGUUUACCUCAGGAUAUUUACCUGGAGAUGUUUACCCCAGAGUCUUUACCUGUGGAGGUGUUUACCUCAGACUCUUUACCUGGAGAUGUUUACCCCAGAGUCUUUACUUGUGGAGGUGUUUACCUCAGACUCUUUACCUGGAGAUGUUUACCCCAGAGUCUUUACUUGUGGAGGUGUUUGCCUCAGACUCUUUACCUGGAGAUGUUUACCCCAGAGUCUUUACUUGUGGAGGUGUUUACCUCAGACUCUUUACCUGGAGAUGUUUACCCCAGAGUCUUUACCUGUGGAGGUGUUUACCUCAGGAUAUUUACCCUGGAGAUGUUUACCCCAGAGUCUUUACCUGUGGAGGUGUUUACCUCAGACUCUUUACCUGGAGAUGUUUACCCCAGAGUCUUUACCUGGAGGUGUUUACCUCAGGAUAUUUACCUGGAGGUGUUUACCCCAGAGUCUUUACCUGUGGAGGUGUUUACCUCAGACUCUUUACCUGGAGAUGUUUACCCCAGAGUCUUUACCUGGAGGUGUUUACCUCAGACUCUUUACCUGGAGAUGUUUACCCCAGAGUCUUUACUUGUGGAGGUGUUUACCUCAGACUCUUUACCUGGAGAUGUUUACCCCAGAGUCUUUACCUGGAGGUGUUUACCACAGGAUAUUUACCUGGAGGUGUUUACCCCAGAGUCUUUACCUGUGGACGUGUUUACCUCAGACUCUUUACCUGGAGAUGUUUACCUCAGAGUCUUUACCUGUGGAGGUGUUUACCUCAGGAUAUUUACCUGGAGAUGUUUACCCCAGAGUCUUUACCUGUGGAGGUGUUUACCUCAGACUCUUUACCUGGAGAUGUUUACCCCAGAGUCUUUACCUGUGGAGGUGUUUACCUCAGACUCUUUACCUGGAGGUGUUUACCCCAGAGUCUUUACCUGUGGAGGUGUUUACCUCAGGAUAUUUACCUGGAGAUGUUUACCCCAGAGUCUUUACCUGUGGAGGUGUUUACCUCAGGAUAUUUACCUGGAGAUGUUUAUCCCAGAGUCUUUACCUGUGGAGGUGUUUACCUCAGACUCUUUACCUGGAGAUGUUUACCCCAGAGUCUUUACUUGUGGAGGUGUUUACCUCAGACUCUUUACCUGGAGAUGUUUACCCCAGAGUCUUUACCUGUGGAGGUGUUUACCUCAGACUCUUUACCUGGAGAUGUUUACCCCAGAGUCUUUACCUGGAGGUGUUUACCUCAGGAUAUUUACCUUGGAGAUGUUUACCCCAGGAUCUUUACAUCCCAGACUCUUUACCUGGUAGUGUUUACCCCAGAAUCUUUACCCUGGAGGGGUUUAUCUUAGGGUCUUUACCCUGAGGUGUUUACCCAGAGUUUUUACUCUGGAGAUGUUUACCCCAGACUCUUUACCUGGAAGUGUUUACCCCAGGAUCUUUACCCUGAAGGUGUUUAACUCUGGUUAUUUUCUUUGACUUUCGUCAAGCAGUAGUAGAAAGGGAGGCACUUUAAAAUACUCUUCAAAAAACAAAUACUUCUGCAUAGAAGAAGCGCUCUAAUUUUUACGCUCAGUGGUCAAAAACCUUUCAAAGAAUAAUAUGCAGUGUCUGCAGGCGCAUCAUGUUGAGAGACGCGCUUGAAAUCAACUCGAAGUCAAACACAUGUUCAACGUUAUUGUGUUUGCAUUUGAUGAGCAGCUUGUUUUAAGUGAUUAAUGGCAGUAACGACUUGAAUUUUUUUGAAAGGAAUAAUGCCGUUCAUAUAGUUACGUUCAAGGCAAUUAUCGAUGAAUGAAACCAUGUGUUCGUAGCGCUCAUGUCAGCAUACGACACACUCAGUUACUAUAAAUAUACGAAAUACAACAUUAUCGUUCGUACAGACAUAUGGGAACGCGAGUUUAAGUAAACAUCCGACUGUAUGCCACAAAUAUCGUGUGUCCUCUAAGUAAUUUUUAAGUGCAUUUGACAAACAAAGUUCGGCCGGAGCCAAUAGAAAAACACCAAUAGCACUUUAUUCAACCUUGGUGGCAUACAUUUACAUUGGCAAAGUGUAAUAAAAAGGUUGAAUGACGUUACGGUUCAGUGCAAUCUUACUGAUGUCAACUUCAGAUAUGGUUUGUUUUUGAACGAAUCAGCGCAUA